UUUAUUAUAUAUCAGGGAUUAAAGAAAAUACAGACAACAUUAUACCUGCGUUUGUUGUUCAACCUGUAUGUGCUUGUAUUAGACUAUGUCACCAUGAUUAGUUAUAAGGUAGAUGCAAUAUCGGACGGCUGGUUAGAACGAUCUGAGCUCGGAGACAUACACAAACAAGGCAGAAAACUACUGGCGCCAGGUAUCUGGGGAAAAGUGCCAUUGCCAAGAAUACUAUACUUAAUAUGAGCUCCGCGUAAAAUCGGUCCACACAGGAAGUAUCACCACCAUCCAGACUUGCGAUUGUGUUUAGUAAUCCUGCAAUUUCUCUCUAUGUCAAGUGUGUGCUAGUGUUGUGUACCGGUGACAAGUAGCACAUGCAUCAAACACAUCUGCUAUAGCUAUUACAGGCUGUAUUACUAUAUACCCUACUCCAUUAUUUAUAAUAUCUACAAUAUUAUGCGUAAUUAUGACUGGCAUUGCUAUCUAUUGCAUGAAGAAUAAACAGGAGCAGUUGAUUACAGUCAGCUGCUGGGUAGAUACCCUUAUAGUCCAUUUUAAAUUGUACAGACAUCUUAACCACAGACAGCAUCGCUGUUGUAAGGGUUGAUGAGGAACUCACACCUUACUGCUUAUGCUGCGGGCGAAAUUGGAGACAAUUGUGAUCAAAAGUGUGUAUCUCCUUAUAGAGAGGAAUCAGAUUCAGAAAUAGUUCCAAAUAUUGACCUAAAUCAGAAAUCUGCUGUGACACUCCAAGUUUCAAGCAACACCAAGAACAAAAGGAAGUGGGAUAAAAGAAAUAUUUGUAUAUACUGCGAGAAGGCAUAUGCAAAACUUGCACGCCACUUUGAACUGAAACACAAGGAAGAAAGUGAUGUUGCAAAUUAUCCGAGCUAUCCACUAAAUUUAACUGAAAGAAAACAUUUGAUGGAGAAACUGUCAGACCUUUGGAAGUAUCAGAAAAAAUGUAGCUUCAACAACAAAUCAAAUGGAUCAAAGGACAAAAAUAUAAAAGCAAGAGGUGCAUUAUUGCUUCCUUCUGAGGCAGGGAAACAUGAAGCACUAGCAGACAUUCUAAAGAGGAUAAGUGAUGAUAGGAUAUCACUUGCCAUGCGGACAUCAUUCAUCAAUGCCCUCUCCUCGUUAGAACAAAAACUAUGCAAAUCAUUGCAUCGCAAUGAGAUUCGAGGCAAGAGGGGGAGUAAGGCACCAGAUCUACUCACAGAGAAUAUGCAUGAUGCAGUUAAAUGUCUCUUGAAAUAUAGGAAUCAGAGGAAGACCUAUCACUUUGCACAGCUACCUGUCUCCACAGGAUUGGAAUCAUUCUGA